AUGGCGGCCUCGUUGAAAAGUGACAAAUUGGGGUAUCUAUCUUUCAUUUUUAGACUAGAAGGAAAGGUUGCUAUCAUAACAGGCGCAGCCAACGGCAUAGGAGCAACCACGGCGAGGCUCUUUGCUCACCAUGGCUGUAAGGUUAUCAUUGCUGACAUUGACGACAAGAAUGGCAACUCCGUCGCUCAAGAGAUUGGCCCGGAAUAUGCACUAUUCAUUCACUGCGACGUCAGAAUCGAAUCCCACGUCCAAAAUGCGGUGGACACCACUGUCUCCAGGUACGGAAAGUUAGAUAUCAUGUUCAGCAAUGCAGGCAACGCAGGGAGGCGCGACACCAGCAUCUUGGAGGCCAACCUAGAAAACAUCAACCUAGUUUUCGACACAAAUGUGGUGGGAUCAUUCUUCUGCGCCAAACACGCGGCCAGGGUGAUGAUUCCGGCGAGGAAGGGCAGCAUAAUAUUCUCGGCAAGCGCCUCGACGGCGGCGUUCGGGAUCACCUCUCACACGUACACUGCAUCCAAGUGCGCAAUCGUGGGACUAUGCAAGAGCCUGUGCGUUGAAAUGGGGAAAUAUGGGAUCAGAUCCAACUGCGUUUCGGCUGCUAUCAUUCUGACCAAGCUGGGAAUGAGUAUAAUGCCGACCCAGGAUAGAAAAUUGGCAGAAGAAAUUGUAGCAGAAGCUCCGAAUCUGAAAGGGGUUAGUUUGACAACAGAGGAUGUUGCAGAGGCGGCUUUGUACCUCGCCGGCGACGAGUCUAAGUAUGUGAGCGGGGUGAACCUAAUCAUCGAUGGGGGAUAUUCCACAACCAAUAUAGGCUUUCAAGUGGCUGUUGAAAAAGUAUUGGGCGGCGGGGAAGGGACAACCUAAUACCUAAUCAUCUGCUCAUCGUGUUGUACUUUGUCUGUGUUUAUUAUUCUAAGAAAUAUGGGAAUAAAUGUCAUUCUAGAGAGGGGGGAUAUGGUUAUACUAACCUCUCAUUCUAAAAUCACGAAAGGAUUUGUAAUUAC